AAUCUUCGCCGGCUGAGGCCACGCCCUCCCGCGUUCUGAUUGGCCGAGGCGGGUUCGGAGCGGUGACAUCCGGGCACUCUGGGGGAGGCGAGGUAAGAAGGAGGGGUCGGCGGCCAGGGCGAGGGAGUGGCGGACCGGAGAGGGAACCGCCCAAGUCUGCCGGAGGGCUGCUGCGCCUCCCCUUGCAUUCUGGCAGGAGCCCACAGACCAUGGCGGAGCCACCGAUCGAAGAUGAUGGCGAGGAAGCGGCUCGAGCCCAAGCCAAGCCAGAGCCGGCUCACCAGGCCACGGUGGCAGCCAAGAACCUGGCCAUCUUGAAGGCGCGCUCCUUCGACGUCACCUUUGAGGUGGGGGAUGAAUAUGAGGUCAUCGAGACGAUUGGCACCGGCGCUUACGGCGUAGUGAGCUCGGCACGCCGCAAGGACACAGGCCAGCAGGUGGCGAUCAAGAAAAUCCCCAACGCUUUCGAUGUGGUGAUGAAUGCCAAGCGCACUUUGCGUGAACUGAAGAUCCUCAAACAUUUCAAGCAUGACAACAUCAUCGCCAUCAAGGACAUCCUUAAGCCCUCUGUGCCUUAUGUGGAAUUCAAAUCUGUGUACGUUGUGCUGGACCUGAUGGAGAGCGACCUGCACCAGAUCAUCCACUCCUCUCAGCCCCUCACCUUGGAACACGUGCGCUACUUCCUCUACCAGCUCCUCCGGGGCCUCAAGUACAUCCACUCGGCCAACGUCAUCCACCGGGACCUGAAGCCCAGCAACCUCCUGAUCAAUGAGAACUGCGAGCUCAAGAUCGGCGACUUCGGCAUGGCACGCGGCCUCUGCACCAAGCCAGACGAGUACAAGUACUUCAUGACCGAGUACGUGGCCACGCGCUGGUACCGGGCCCCGGAGCUGAUGCUCUCCCUCCACGAGUACACCGAAGCCAUCGACAUGUGGUCGGUCGGGUGCAUCUUCGCCGAGAUGCUGGGGCGGAAGCAGCUGUUCCCGGGGAAGAACUACAUCCACCAGCUGCAGCUGAUCAUCACGGUCCUGGGGACCCCUCCGGCCAAAGUGGUCCACUCUAUCGGGGCCGACCGCGUGCGUGCCUACGUCCAGAGCCUGCCGUCGCGCCAGCCGGUGCCUUGGGAGAGCCUCUACCAGAACGCCGACCGCAAGGCCUUGGUCUUGCUCUCCAAGAUGCUGCGCUUCGACCCCCGCGAGCGGAUCUCCGUGGUGGAGGCGCUGAACUACCCCUUCCUGGCCAAGUACCACGACCCGGACGACGAGCCCGACUGCGUCCCGGCUUUCGACUUUGACUUCGACAAGCGGGUGCUCACCAAGGAGCAGAUCAAGGAGGCCAUUGUGGCCGAGAUCAAUGACUUCCACGAGCGCCGGGAGGGCAUUCGGCGGCAGAUCAGCUUCAAGCCAGCCCUGAAGCAGGCGGUCAUCGGUGGAGGCGGCCAGGCGUUGCUCCUCUGCUGCCGCGACGUCGACAUGCCCAGCGCCGGCUCACCUCGGGCUGGAGACGGAGACUAUGCCAUGGCGUCUCCCGGGCCCUACUUGCUGACGGAGACGAUUGACCUCACCUCUCCGCCGGUGCCGUCGGCCGUCGUGCAGCCGGAGGUGAAGGCCGAAGAGGGUGCUCCAUCCGCCAUUCCGCCUAAGCGGGAAGGCGCUAUCUCGGACGACACCAAGGCUGCCCUCCGGGCGGCCAUUUUGUCAUCGACUCUCCGGCACAAGGCCAGAGAUACACCGUCUAUGGUGCCCGAGACGCCUGAUAUCCGCAGACCGGUCACGGCAAAGGAGCGCCAGCGCGAGCGUGAGGAGAAGCGUAAGCGGCGCCAGGAGCGAGCCAAGGAGCGUGAGAAGCAGAAGAAGGAGAAGGAGCGGGAGCGGAAGGGAAUGUUGACCGAGAACGACCGGAACCUUCUGGAAAGGUGGACCAAGAUGGUGGACCGUAACCAGAACAAGCCGCUCCAGAACGGGUCUGCCGUCCCGCUUCAGGCAAACGCGGCCGCCCACAUCCUGCCUCAAGCCCCUCCUGCCAACCCCUUGCUGCCUCAGCCGCCCCCUGCCAGCCACGUCCCCACGACCCCUUCCGGCGGCGCGCCUGCCGACUUCCUCGCCUUCCCGGACAAGAGGGUGCCUGGCUUGUGUGGGCCCAAGCUGACUCUCGUGCCUGUGGGGGCAGAGCUGGCCCCCGUCCAGGGCUCCAGCGCCAACGUGGUCCACUUCUUCCCAGCGCAGCCGGCCCCCUUCUUGGUCACUGCCCCGGCGUGUCCAAAAGCCGCCCCCCCAAAACCGGAGUGCCUCCUCGGCGUCAAAUACACCUCUGGGCAGAUCUUCCAGGGCCCUUACGGCAUGGCGGCCCUCAACGCCUGGAGUGGCGUCUCCCAGGCACCUGAAAACUGGGCCGUGGCCGGGCAGCUGCCGGUGACUCAGCCGGAGGUGGCGCCCCCUAGCGGUACUCUUCCGGAACAAGCUGUGAGCUACGGACCCAGGGCCGGCGCGGAGCAGCCCCUGUUUCUGGCAGAGGUGGGGGGCAAGCCUGAGCUGCCACCGCAGGGUUUGGUUGGGGACGAAGCCGGGGGACCCGCCCAGCCCCACAUGCCCCCGGGGCUGCCGUCAGAGCCUCCGGAUAUCAACGUCGUGACGCAGCAGUUGUCUAAAUCCCAGGUGGAAGACCUCUUGCCCCCUGUUUUCUCUGGCACCCCAAAAGGCAGUGGAGCUGGCUAUGGGGUUGGAUUUGACCUGGAAGAAUUUCUGAACCAAUCUUUCGACAUGGUUGGGGAGAACAGAGAGAGUCAAGGUGACUCUGCCCCGCUCUCGGCCUCCCUCCUCGCCGACUGGCUGGAAGUCCAUCGGAUGAACCCCGCCGACAUGGAAUCCCUCCAGCAGGAACUGCAGCUGGGCUCUCCCAUGAUCCUCUCUGACAUUCCAGACCUGCAGGACGCGUGAAAAAGUUGCCUCUCCCUUCCGCUGUCUUCCUCCUCUUUCGUUUCGGCUGGGUGCGAUAAAGUCUGAGCCCCGCUUGGGUCUUCUUCACGGCCUUCUUGGCGACUCUGGCUGGGAACGUCACCGCAGUGCCUGCCUUUUUCCUUCCUUCCUUCCUUCCUUCCUUCCUUCCUUCCUUCCUUCCUUCCUUCCUUUUUCAAAGCACCAGCUGGGUUGAGCUGGUGUUUGGACUUUCUACAAAAAAGGCCUGAGGGUGGCCCUGUCCCUCCUGUGCUCCGGGUGUGUUGCAGGAUGCAGGAAUAAAAGCUGUUCAGGUAACAACCUCAGCCGACAACACUAAAAGGUGGAUCCAUUACCUGUUGUCUUACCUGUUGUCCAUUACCUGCUGAGGGAAUGCCUUCCUGACCCCUCACUGUGUUUUCCUUUUGCCUCAUGGCCUGAGAACCGGACACCUCUCUCCUCACACUGUUUGAGGGGCGAGGAUCCGUGUAAACACGUUUUCUUUUUUCCAAGUUUACUGACGACGGGAGAGAAACACGAGUGCCAAAUGCGCAGCCAUAGCACGCUUUGCCUUUUAUAAAAAGUGUGUUGAAAGCGUUGGAUCAUAUGAGAGGAUCGCCCUGUUGCGGGGAAAGGGGUGGGGGGUGGGAAUAAGGAGGUAAGAUGGGCCCUAUUGGAUCAGCCCAGCAUCCUGUUCUCACAGCGGCCAACCAGACGCCUACAGGAAGUCCUCAAAAACGACACAAGCGCGACACCGAUUCUCAGCAUUCGAGGGCAUGUUGCCUCUCGCAGCAGAGGAA